AUGCAGCAACAAAAGCCAUCGACCACACUGCAAGGGGGUCUGCUGGAGAUUGCCUUGGCAGACGGCUCCGAAUGCGGGGACAACUACACGUGUACUACUUCAGAAGAUUCCUUUGACAAGGACGAGUUUGCUCCGGAUCUGGAGUACUACGAAGAUCAAGAUCAAUCACAACUUCAGUCAAGGCGGAAAGGUCGUGGGCGCAGAACAGAUGGUCUUGUAGAUGAUCCUGCCUCGACUCGACGGAAAUCUGAAACAAAGAAGGGGUCGCCCAAAGCAACUGAACCAAGAGCGACAAGAAGACACCCAACCCGGCAGAGAUCCAGGUCUCUAACGGGAACAAGGGACACUGCUGGACUCCGAGGAUCAAAGAAACCACUUCUACAUGGAGAUAAGGUUUGGGCAGGAAAAGUGGAUGCCCCAGCUGAAGUACAAGCCCUCAAGGCUGCCAAAGCUGCCAAAAAGUCUGCCAAACGGGCAAGUCAACAAAGACGUGCCUCUAUCACCAUGGGUGAACCAACGUCCGCUCCCAGACAUAAGGUUCUUAAUAGACGUUCUACCACAAUUGGUAUUCCAAUUCACUCCCAGAAGAAGCCAAGUGGUGGCCUGGCAGACGAAGAUGUUCAUCAAGCAGGGUCUCCUUCAAAGCCAGAAUCUCCAUGGCGUCGUGGACGGAAGCCAGCAUGUGGGAGUGGAAGAACACACCCGCGGUCAGACAAGCAAGAUCUAGGACAUGCAGAUCGGAAUGAGUUCGAUGAUCUUGCGAAAGCUCCCGUUGAAAGAAAACCAAAACCAGAGCUGAUGCCAUCUGCGAGAGCUAGACUAGCCACGACUAGUAAGCCAGUGGCAGUGGCAGUGGCACCAACAGCAGCACCGACUGCAACCAGAAGACGCCCAACUCGACAGAGAUCCAGGUCCCUGACAAGCACACGAGACACUACUGGACUCCGGGGAUCAAAGAAACCCCUUCUAUACGGGGACAAGGUUGCUAAUGGAAAAGUCAAUGCCGAGUCUGAGGUACAAGCGCUCAAGGCUGCCAAAGCUGCCAAAAAGGCCACCAGACAAAGGCGUGCCUCUAUCACCAUGGGUGAACCUACUUCCAGACCGAAGGUUCAAAAUAGACGUGCUACAACAAUUGGUAUCCCAAUGCACUGCCAGGAGCUAUCAAAUGAUCAACUUGAUUCAAGGCACGAAGCUCCGCAGAAUCGUGGACGUGAGCCAACACAGGGACGUGGAAGAACCAAGCACGCAUUCAGUGAUCUUGCAGAUGAUCCUGUUGAACCAAAACCAAUGCCCUUGCUAGCACCGUCUGUGUCUGUGUCAAUUCGACCAGGUACCACUAGUAAGUCUACAACAGCAGCGACACAAUCAAGAGCAACAAGAAGACAGCCAACACGGCAGAGAUCCAGGUCCCUGACAGGAACGAGGGACACUGCUGGACUCCGAGGAUCAAAGAAACCACUCUCAUAUGGGAAUAGGGUUGCUCCAGAUCAGGUGGAUGACUUGGCUUCCAGGAGUAUUUCGCAGGGAGAACCUCAAUCCCAGAUUCCUCCUAGGUCAAGUUUGCAAUCAUUGACCUUAGACAGUCAUCGGGAUGGCGACAGCAUUAUAGAUGAUCUUUCAAAAAGGAGUUUGGCGUCAAGGAGCUCAUUGUCUCGUUUCCUGGAAUCGGAAGGGGAAGGUCAAGAACAGACUUCUGGUCAGUCAGGCUCACAAUCCGUGACAUCAGGUCAGUCCAAAGCAAUAGAUGAGAUCUUGAGGAGCAGGAGAGGUCACCAACAAGGUGGACCCUCGGAACCGGGCUUGUCUACCGGGAGCAGGAGAGAUAACGACAUGGCUCUAGCUAGCCCUAGAGGUACAAAUGCCCAACAGUGUGGAUUAUCUCGUGACUUGAGUUCACCAUCCUUGCGCAGAAAACGAGGACAUGAUUACCCUGACGAGUCCAGGCUUUUCACGUUGUCGCAGAGGGGGAGCGCACGGCAAACAAGCACCCAGCACUGA